UGGCUUUAGGACAUCGUCAUCCUUCGACCAUGUCGGCGCAAUUCCUCAAGGCCGCAGCGAGCGGCGAUAUCGAUCGAGCAAAGGACUUGAUUCAGCACAUCCACUUUCAGAACAAGAAAGGCGAGUCAGCUCUUCAUGUUGCGAUUUCAGAGGGUGAGCUGAGCAUGGUUGAGUUCCUGUGCAACCAAGGCGCGAAUGUGAACUUGCAAGAUAAGAAGGGUGGGAACACGACGAUCAUGCUGACACUGGCUCAACAACCUCGUCACUUCCUGGCCAUUUUGGAGGUCCUUCUGAAGCAUCAACCCGACUUGACGCUCAAGGACACGACGGGGCAGACCGCUCUGCACCUCGCUGUGCAAUACGGAAGCACCAACGCCGUCGAGUUGCUGCUUGCGUCCAAGACGAACCAGGACAUUCGCGACUCCAAAGGCAUGACCCCCUUGCUCGUAGCUGCUGGGAAGGGCGGCGUGCACAUCGUGGAGCUCUUGGUUUCGAAGGGCCACAACAUCCAUGCUGUCGAUUGCAAGGGCAACUCCGCGUUGCAUUGGGCCAUCGCGUCUCUCGACGUGACAACGUACUUGGUGUCGAAGGUAGACCGUUUCCAGGACAUCAUGAGCAUGACGAUGGUGGGCAUAGGGUGCGAAAGCGGUGACAAACCAGCUCGGGAAUACCCCCUUGCAUGCCGAGGCGCUUCGUUCGGAUGGAACGUGGCCAACCGACGUCGCACAAUUCCUCCUCGCUUCGUUUCCCGAGAUCGCCGCGCUGAAAAACGCCAAGGGCAAGACCGCAGACGACCUUGUUGGUGAUGUCGACGACGCAGUGGCCCCCACUCCCUCGAAACAAACGUCGAAGGGGUCAGCAAAAGGCCGAAGUCGGAAGCACAACAACGAUGACGACGGCCCAAGCGUCGUGGCGAUUCAAAAUGCGAAAGCAGGUGCGUCACGACGGAUGGAUGCUUGCCCCACAGUCUUAACGAUCGCGUAGCUAUGAUGGCCCGUGUGAAGGAACGUGCGCAAAAGCGGCGGUCUUUAAUUCCUGAAGACGACACAGAUGCCGUGGAACCUAUCAAGCCCCAGGAUGCGCUCUCUCCUCCCGUGGCGAACACCACGAGUACAUGGACAAUGGCGCUGAUUGUUGCUGUCGUCAUCGCCUUUUUCGCCGCCGUCUACGCCAUGCUCGAAGCUUCCGCGGCUAAAUAGUCCCAACGAUCACCAUGUUCUCAUCAGAAAGCUUGACUUCCCACAGCUUACGUGUCCCCAUGCAUCGUGCGGUGUCUGUCCGACGACGCCGCGGCUGCGGAACUCAACGGGAUGUAAAAUUAGUCUACCGGAUGUUUAUCCGAAUUUUUAGUGUAGGAAUUUGUAUGCGAAUGUUGGAACGUUGGCUUGCUCUCCA